AUGGCUGGGGGCCUCUUCGACAUGUCUCACCCGGCGAGCGCCCUCGCCGGCAUCGCAGGAAACAUCGUCUCCUUCUUCGUGUUCCUCGCGCCAAUGGCGACGUUCCUGCAGAUCUACAGGAAGAAGACGACGGGCGGGUUCAGCUCGGUGCCGUACGUGGUGGCGCUCUUCAGCUGCUCGCUGCUCAUCUUCUACGCGCUGCUCAAGACCCACUCCCCCCUCCUGCUCACCAUCAACAGCUUCGGCUGCUGCAUCGAGACCGUCUACAUCAUCGCCUACCUCGUCUACGCGCCGCCCCGGGCCAGGCUCAGGACGCUCGCCUACUUCUUCGUCCUCGACGUCGCCGCCUUCGGCCUCGUCCUCGUCGUCACCAUGUACGCCUUCGCGCCGGCCCACCGCGUCAAGUUCCUCGGCAGCGUCUGCCUCGCCUUCUCCAUGGCCGUCUUCGUCGCGCCGCUCUCCAUCAUCGUCAAGGUGAUCAAGACCAAGAGCGUGGAGUUCCUGCCCGUCGGCCUCUCCUUCUGCCUCGUCCUCAGCGCUGUCGCCUGGUUCUGCUACGGCCUCUUCACCAAGGACCCAUUCGUCAUGCCGAACGUGGGCGGCUUCUUCUUCAGCUGCGUCCAGAUUGGGCUCUACUGCUGGUACCGCAAGCCCAGCAACGCCGUGCUGCCCACUACUACCGCCGACGCCGGCAACGGCAAUGGCGGCGACCAGCCGCAGGUGCAGGUGAUCGAGCUGCCCGUGCACUCCGUCGCCAUCCUGUCCGUGGGCCCCGUCCCGAUCCUCGGCGUGCACAAGAUCGAGGUCAUCGCAGCAGAGCAGCAGACCGUCAUCGACGUCAAGGACGCCGCCGGUCGACCAGCCGGAGGUCAUCGAGAUCGUCCCCGCCCCCGCCGUGUGAGACAGACUUCCACCCCACCCAACCAACAUCGACGACGACACGACACGACACGAGCAUGCAUGAUACGCCACACGACAUGCAUGGAGAUGGACAACUGA